AUGGAUUUCUUUUUACACUAUAGAAACCCUAGUUUCCAUUCUUCUUCUUCGUUAGUUCUAACAAGCAAUAAAGUCAACAACAGAGUUCAUGGGAGAGAAGGGGAGAGGAAGAAGAACAAGAGAAACCACAAAAUCAGCACUAAAGUGAAGCUCUCAACGGACCCACAAAGUGUAGCAGCAAGAGAGAGAAGGCACAGAAUCAGCGAGCGGUUCAAGAAUCUGCGAAGCUUGAUACCAGGUAGUGAUACCAGGAACAUGGAUACAGUAUCCAUGCUGGAGGAGGCCAUUCAAUAUGUCAAGUUCUUGAAAGCUCAGAUUUGGCUACACCAAACAAUGAUUAGUUUUGAGAAUUUUCAUGAUUAUGAUAAUGCUAAUAGAAAUUAUCAUCAUUAUCAAUACUCGAAUCAAGAUCUUCUCCCAUCUGAUAAUUUCUAUUGUGAUUACCACAACCUCUCCAGCUUGCCUCAAAUGGAACAUGAAGUCGUACCCCAACUAGGGUUUGAAGAUGGAUCUUGCUUCAAGGUUGAAUAUGAUGAUAACAAGUUUUCUCCUUCUCAUGGUAUGAUCAUGUGA